AAAAACUUCUCUGUCCAGAGGAUGGUGGGUGUUUGGAAUUCACUGCCUGGCAUGGUGGUGGAUGCAGAAACUCUCAUGUCAUUUGAAAGGUACCUUGAUCUGCACGUAAAGUUUUGUAACCAACAAGACUACGGACCCGGUGCUCGAAGGUGGGAUUAGAAUGGGCAGCUAGCUUGUUAUUUUUUUCCUUUCUCGGCCUGCGCAGACACGAUUGACUGAAUGGCCUCUUUCUGUGCUGUAACUUUUCUCUGGUUCCACGGAAAUAGCAUGCAAGGGUUUAGCGGAGCUCUGAUUGGUGCGCAGACCUGUCAAUCGCCCCGGUUGCUAGGCAGUCGCCCGGGUGCAUUUAAACCGUUCUCUCCCGGCAUUCAGCAUUCAGUUCUAUUUAAAUGGAAUCAGCCAAUAGGAAGCGGCGCCGAGCUGGCUAACUGUCGACGCUCCAGAUUUGAAUCAGAGCCCGCGAGCUGGUGGCCUGGGACGGACGCGCUAGGCACUUUGCAACCUCCUCCCUUCAACUGUGGCAUCAGAGUCAAACAGUACCCGAGCCUAAGGCUCUGCAGCAACCCGGGUGCUACAGGCCCGGAAAGGAGUCUCUUCGGGACUUUGUUUUUUCUCCCAUCCCCCUCUCCUUCUGCAUUGAACCGGUUAAAAAUGACCACGGUGCCCGGUAAACCGUCAGCCAAGCUAGGAGCAGUGGCCGCCCCGGUGGCCAAGGAGAUCCCCGAUAUCCUGGUGAACCCCAAGACCAUGAAGAGGUACGUGAGGGGCCGCUUCCUGGGCAAAGGGGGGUUCGCCAAAUGCUACGAGAUCUCCGACAUAGACACCAAGGAGGUGUUUGCCGGGAAGAUCGUGCCCAAGACGCUGCUGAUGAAGCCGCACCAGAGGGAGAAGAUGUCCAUGGAGAUCUCCAUCCACAAGAGCCUUAAUCACGCUAAUGUGGUGGGUUUCCACGGCUUCUUCGAGGAUGAUGACUUCGUCUACGUCGUGCUGGAGCUGUGCAGGCGGAGGUCUUUGUUAGAAUUGCACAAGAGGCGGAAGGCUGUCACUGAGCCGGAGGCCCGAUAUUACCUGAAGCAAAUCAUCUUGGGCGGCCAAUAUCUUCACGACAACCACGUUAUCCAUCGAGAUCUCAAGCUUGGCAACCUCUUCCUCAAUGAUGAAAUGGAAGUAAAGAUAGGUGACUUUGGCCUGGCCACAACAGUACAAUAUGAAGGAGAGCGCAAAAAGACCUUAUGUGGGACACCCAACUACAUUGCCCCAGAAGUGAUUGGCAAGAAAGGACACAGCUUUGAGGUUGAUGUCUGGUCUCUAGGCUGUAUUAUGUAUACACUACUGGUUGGCAAACCUCCAUUUGAAACUUCCUGUUUGAAAGAGACAUACCUGAGGAUAAAGAAAAAUGAAUAUAAUAUUCCCAAGCACGUAAACCCUGUAGCUGCCAGCCUCAUACAGAAGAUGCUCCGAUCAGAUCCAAGCGCGCGGCCCAACAUCCACGAGCUGCUGAAUGAUGAGUUCUUUACAUCUGGCUACCUGCCUGUUCGGUUGCCCACGACUUGCUUGACUAUGGCUCCCAGAUUUUCUCUGGCUCCAGGUGGGAUUGAUUCCAGUAUGAGGCGGCCGCUUACCGAACUCAACAAAGGUACCAUACAUUGGGCAGUGAUGGGAUGGCCUUUGACUCCUGAUGUGUCCAUUAGGGAAGUAGGGGAGUGCAAUGAUUUCUAUCUCUCAGAUCUAUUGCAGCAGCUAAACAGUGUAGUAGCAGCAAGGCCAGCCGACAAAGCAGUCAUCAGACAAGAGGAAGCUGAAGACCCGGCCUGUAUACCGAUCUUCUGGGUCAGCAAGUGGGUUGAUUAUUCGGAUAAAUAUGGUUUGGGUUAUCAGUUAUGUGACAACAGUGUUGGUGUUCUCUUCAAUGAUUCCACUCGUUUAAUCAUGUACAACGACGGAGAGAGUCUUCAGUACAUUGAACGUGACAUGACUGAGACUUACCUAAACUUUCGAUCCUAUCCUCCCAGCCUAAGUAAAAAGGCAACCCUGUUGAAAUACUUCCGCAACUACAUGAGUGAGCACUUGUUGAAGGCAGGGGCUAACAUCACUCCCCGGGAAGGUGAUGAGUUGGCAAGGCUCCCAUUCCUGCGAAUCUGGUUCAGGACGCGCAGUGCUAUUGUCUUGCACCUCAGCAACGGAACUGUCCAAAUCAACUUCUUCCAGGAUCACACUAAGAUUAUCCUGUGCCCACUGAUGAAUGCAGUGACCUACAUUGAUGAGAAGAGGGAGUUCCACACAUUCAAACUAAGCAUGAUUGAGGAGCAUGGUUGCUGCAAGGAGCUGGCAAGCCGCUUGCGUUAUGCCCGUACCAUGGUGGAGAAGCUGCUCACCACGAAAUCUGUGGCAACACAGGUCAAACAUGCAACAUGAAGACUGGAGCUUCUGACUGGCUGACCUGUGUCUGUCCCCAUUCGACCAACUCUCCUAUUUUAGGGGGCAAGCAAUUUGUGUAAAUAACCCCUCCAUUUUUGUAAGGCUCGAGUUUUGUAUUAAAACACUUUUGAAAUAUUCGUGAACAAUGUUUUGAAUCGAGUUGGGGGGUGUGCAGAAACAUGAUGAUUCUCCAUUGUGUGUAGUGACUUCAGACAGAUGAGAUCAUGUAAAUUAAGCUGUACAUUAUGUGCCAUCAAACUUGCUUUUUCAUUCCUUUUUGCAGGUGUUCUAGUUGUUUCACUUUUAUACCCAAAUGUCAAAAAGCACUUUACAAUCUUGAGUUCUGCUGUUUCUCGGGCAACAGUUGUCUCACUUCCUCUUGCUUUCCCCUCCCCGCCCCCCACCUCACCAACCCAGUUCUGAUGAGGAACUCCAGGGUAUUUAUUAGAUAGAUGGUGUUCUUGAACAGUACAAAGAUGUGGUGACUGAUUCCAGUUUGGCAUGUAGCUGAAAUGGGCACCUCAAGACAUGAAUGUCUUUUGCUUUUCUUUGGCUCUAUUUCUUUUCAAAACGUCUUAUCCCGAGAACAGCUGGACAAACUUAGGAACAACUUUUAUGUACAGCUGUUGACACUGGUGUCUCUGUUUAAUGGGAGAACAUUUUGUACUUAAUAAAAAUUUUUUAAUGUAACAUAUUAAAUAAAAAUCUGUUCUUGAA